ACCACCGACUUUCGAGUUUCAACUAUAGCUGUACUAUGGCACCCAUUCGACUGCGGCAUCCCAAAGGAGUAUCGACUAUCCAGGUCGACUUGGAUAGUUUCACCGUCCAAGAUCUACAGCAAGAGAUAUUCGCCGUUUCCGAGAUCCCGCCCUCUCUCCAAGAUCUCAAGGCCGGUUACCCUCCGCAGACACUCACUGUCAUACCGGAACUUCCGCUGGAGAGCCUCGGCCUCAAACCCGGAGAUCAGCUUAUCGUGAACUCGAAACCGGGUGCAGCACCUCAGACAGCACCUGCACCCGCACCUGCUAGAGCUCCUUCAGCACCGUCAUCUGGUAAUGCUACCCUCGGGCGGAGUUCUGUUCCUAGGAUUCCACCCAGCUCCGGAACCGUUUCAUCUGGCCCAGAUUACGUCGAGACGGAUAACGGGACCCUGGUUCACAGAGUCGUCCCGGAUGACAACUCGUGCUUGUUCUCUUCUAUUGCAUUGGUUUUCCAUCAAAAUAUUGGUAAAGCACAAGAAAUGCGGAAGAUUAUUGCAGACGCAAUCCGAGCGGACAUAAUCACAUACUCCGAAGCCAUUUUGGGCCGCCCUCGGGAUGACUAUAUCGCGACGAUACUGAAGCCUGCAUCUUGGGGCGGUGCUAUAGAGCUUGCGAUCUUUGCCAGAUAUUUUUCGACAGAAAUCGCUUCUAUUGAUGUGGAAACCGGCCGGAUAGACCAGUUCACGCCGCCACCAGAGGCCGAUUCUGGAAACAGGUGUAUCUUGAUCUAUUCUGGGAUUCACUACGAUGCUGCUAGCUUGGCGCCUACGCCAGACGCACCAACCGAAUUCCACCAGACGGUUUUCCCCAUUAUCUCGAACGGUGACGAUGAUCCUAUCCUCAAGGCCGGAAAGGAUCUCGCGGCUAUCCUGCGAGCGAAGAGAGCAUACACAAAUACGGCAACCUUUGAUUUGAAAUGUCAACAAUGUGGCCAGGGUCUUAAGGGAGAGAAGGAGGCCUGUGCUCAUGCCAUGCAGACCGGGCAUACGCAGUUUGGCGAAUAUUAACGAAGUCGCGACCGCCACACGUAGCACAUUCGUUUUGGGGUGUGAGCAGUGUUCACAACUUUCACAACAGGCUCAAAGCCGAGACCUAAUCGUACAUCUUUGAACCUUCAAACUGCUUGCCCUGCCUUUCACAU